AAUCUUUAUCCUCAAACUGGCUGGGUUGAAAUUGAUCCUGAUAGUCUUUGGAUUCAAUUUGUUGCUGUAAUAAAAGAAGCUGUCAAAGCUGCAGGAAUAGAGAUGAAUCAAAUUGUUGGUCUUGGCAUUUCAACACAGAGAGCAACUUUUAUUACGUGGAACAAGAAAACAGGAAAUCAUUUUCACAACUUUAUUAGUUGGCAAGACCUAAGAGCUGUUGACCUUGUUAAAUCCUGGAAUAAUUCUCUUCUGUUAAAGGUAUUCCACAGUUCCUGCCGAGCAAUUCACUUUUUCUCUAGAAGUAAACGCUUUUUUGCGGCCAGUUUGUUCAGUUUCACAACCCAGCAUUCUUCUUUGCGGUUGGUCUGGAUUUUACAGAACAUGAUUGAGGUGCAAAAGGCAGUUGAAGAAGAAAAUUGUUGCUUUGGGACUCUUGAUACCUGGUUGCUACAUAAACUAACAAAAGGUUCUGCAUAUGCCACAGAUUUUUCAAGUGCUAGUACAACUGGACUUUUUGACCCAUAUAAGAUGUGUUGGAGUGGGAUUAUUACCUCCCUGCUUUCGAUACCACUCUCUCUCCUACCUCCUGUGAGGGACACGAGCCACAAUUUUGGAUCAGUAGAUGAAGAGAUAUUUGGUGUGCCUAUACCAAUAGUUGCCUUGGUUGCUGACCAGCAGUCAGCCAUGUUUGGAGAGUGCUGCUUCCAGACAGGUGACGUGAAAUUAACCAUGGGAACUGGGACCUUUAUGGAUAUCAAUACUGGAAAUAGCCCUCAAAAGACUGUUGGAGGCUUUUAUCCAUUAAUUGGGUGGAAGAUUGGGCAAGAAGUUGUAUGCUUAGCUGAAGGCAAUGCAGGAGACACUGGUACUGCCAUAAAAUGGGCUCAACAAUUAGAACUUUUCACAGAUGCUGCUGAGACUGAAAAAAUGGCCAAAAGUUUGGAAGAUUCUGAAGGAGUUUAUUUUGUUCCAUCUUUUAGUGGAUUACAGGCUCCAUUAAAUGACCCCUGUGCAUGUGCCUCUUUUAUGGGUUUGAAGACUUCCACCAGUAAAUACCAUCUUGUACGAGCAAUAUUGGAGUCAAUAGCUUUCAGAAACAAACAAUUAUACGAGAUCAUGCAGAAAGAGAUUCAUAUUCCUGUAACAAAAAUCAGGGCAGAUGGAGGAGUUUGUAAUAACAGUUUUGUCAUGCAGAUGACUUCAGACUUGAUUAAUGAGAAUAUAGACAGACCUGCCCACGUUGACAUGUCAUGCCUAGGUGCGGCUUCUCUAGCUGGCCUUGCUGUUGGGUUUUGGACUGACAAGGAAGAACUAAAGAAACUGAGGCGAAGUGAAAUGGUUUUCAAGCCACAGAAAAAAUGUCAAGAUUAUGAAAUGAGUAUGGAAAAUUGGGUCAAAGCUGUGAAACGCUCCAUGAAUUGGUAUAACGAGAUGUAACACAGUGAAAUCAUUAAGACCAUAGAUGGCUGGCUUAUAUGACGUGUGGAGGAGACACAGCUCAGGGAUAACCAAUUCAGUGACGAGUGAAAAUUUAAAAUGAACUUCACAACCUAAGAGAAACAGCAUUCUUUUUACAAAAACGAACAAAAAACGAUUACUUUUCCUGCACCUUGGUAAGAUUGUAAGGCAGCAAUACCUCAAAACUGUAUAUUCUGUUUUGUAGCAAAUUCCAAAGGACAUUAGCUAUUUCCAACAUAUUUUGAAGUUAUAGGUCCUCUUCCUUUUUAUACUGGGCCAGUGGUACAUAGGAAUAUGUGAUUUACCAUCCGAGCUAAUAGUUCUGGGUCAAGUACCAUUUACCUAUUGUUUCAAAAUUAUGUGAGAAAUAUAAAUUCUUUAAAAUUAAGUGGGCUACUUGAAAUCCAUAUAAUUAAAAAGAAAGAAUAACUGAUAAAAUGUAGAAUUUUGUACCAUGAAUAUUUUAUGUUUAAAGCCAUAAUUUUUCAAUGUCAUAUCCAAAUAUGAGCUCAAUAUGUCCCUCUCAGAUAAACUUAUUAGUCAGUGCUUUCCUUUAUUGGUCUUAAAGACACUCCCUUACUUCUUUCCUUGUUCAUCCAAAAUCUGUGCAUUCUUUCCAUGUUGAAAAACACUGAAAAACUAAUUGUAGUUAAUGAACUAAAAAGGAUAUUGAGAUUUAAGGAACAGAAUACUACUAUUUAUUUUCCUUGUCAAAUUGCACUUCUUUCAAAAACUUCUGGCUAAAGGGUAACAUCCUCUUUUUUACAAAAUACAGGUAAUUAACAUAAAUCUUGCCUUCUGUUCUUUAUCUUUCUUAGUUGUUGAGAUACUUACACAAAUGUCUUUUGUUUUAUUAAGUGCCUAAUCGACAGCUUCAUUUGAAGAAAGGGCCCUAAUUUAUUGGUAACUGAAGAUUUGUCUUUAUCGGGAGUGUUUUAUUUGUUCUGCAUCUUUUUGAUGUUUGUCCAGUCUGCCAUUUCUCUGGGAUGUGUGCAGUGGAUAGCUGAUAGAGGUGAUGAGUCCAUGCUAAUAAUGGAUUGCCUUACAGCCACUGAGCCAGAGAGCCAGAGAAGAGCAGGGACGGCCCCACUUCUCAGAC